AUGGGGGUGGUCACAUCCACGAUGGCGGCGAAGUUUGCGUUUUUUCCGCCGAGUCCGCCGUCGUAUGAGCUGGAGGAGGAGUGUGGUGGGAAGAAGUUAAGGAUAGUGACGGGGGCGGGCGUACAUAAUAGUAAUAGAGAAAACGUUGACGUGUUGACAUUGGAAACGAAGAGAGGGAAUCAUGUGGUCGCGGUGUAUUUUAAGAAUCCUGCAGCUUCAUUAACAGUGCUUUAUUCGCAUGGAAAUGCAGCUGAUCUGGGACAGAUGUAUGAUUUGUUUUGUGAGCUCAGUUUGCAUCUCCGUGUUAACCUGAUGGGGUAUGAUUACAGUGGGUAUGGACAGUCAACUGGAAAGCCAACUGAGCAGAAUACAUAUGUUGACAUCGAAGCUGCAUAUAGGUGUCUUGAAGACAAUUAUGGGGUGAAAGAAGAAGAUGUUAUCUUAUACGGGCAAUCAGUUGGAAGUGGACCCACUUUAGAUUUGGCAACACGGUUACCAAAAUUGAGGGCUGUGGUCCUUCACAGCCCAAUUGCAUCUGGCCUUCGUGUAAUGUAUCCAGUAAAGAGAACGUAUUGGUUCGACAUUUAUAAGAACAUCGAUAAAAUACCUUUCGUCAAUUGCCCAGUACUGGUGAUUCAUGGAACUGCUGAUGAUGUUGUGGAUUGGUCCCAUGGGAAGCAGCUUUGGGAGCGUUGUAAAGAGAAGUAUGAACCAUUAUGGGUGAAGGGAGGGAAUCAUUGUGACUUGGAGCUUUACCCACAAUAUAUCAAGCAUCUCAAGAAGUUCAUAUCAGCCAUUGAGAAAUCAUCACGUCUGAGAAAUGUAUCUGGGCCCAUUGUGGAUCAAACAGAGUAUCCUCGAAAGAGCACAGAUUUUCGAGAGGCUGCUAGAUCAAGCAUAGAUCAGAGAGAGAAGCCUAUACCAAAGAAGCCUAGGUUAAGCAUAGACUGCAGAGAGAAAUCAAGAUCCAGCACUGAUAAGGGAGAGAAAUCAAGAAAAAGUGUGGAUCGCCCUGAUAGAGAGAGCAAUGGUUUAGACCAGCAUGAGAAAGCUAGGAACAGCAUUGAUCGCUUUGGCGACAUGAUAAGAUCCGUUGGAUUGUGCAAUAUCGAUUGCUUCAAGCCCACGGCGACAGCCAUCUGA